GUCCCAGCCCACUCUAAUCUCUCACAUCACGACUCGAUCAUCAUGGGUAAACGCGGAAAGAAGGGUGGUGGCAGAGGCGGCGAGCGCAAGAACUGGCAGCAGAUUUCCAGGGAGAACGAGAAGUUCGAGAACUACUACAACUCCCAGGCUUUCAUCCCGGAGGAGGAGAAGGAGGCUUUCUGGGCUGCUCUCAAGAGGGACCUCCCCAACAGUUUCCGCUUCACUGGCUCUCGAGGCCAUGCUCUUGCCGUGCAGAAGAAACUCAAGGAUCAAUACGUCCCCGAGAUCACCUCCAUCAAAUAUGAGGGCAACUUCGUCGAGCCCCCUCGCCCCGUCCCCUGGUAUCCCGACGAGCUCGCAUGGUCCAUGACCACCCCCAAGCAGGUCGUUCGUCGCUUUGCGCCCUUCGCGUCUUUCCAGAAGUUCCUCGUCGCCGAGACUGAGGUCGGCAACAUCAGCAGACAGGAGGUCGUCAGCAUGAUCCCCCCGCUCCUCAUGGAUCUCAAGCCUGGAAUGACGGUUCUGGACAUGUGUGCUGCCCCUGGCAGCAAGUCUGCACAAUUGAUGGAGAUGGUUCACACUGGCGAGGAGGAAGCUAUGCGCCAGGUCACGCAGCAGGUUGCUGAGGGUACCGCUGGCGAGGAGCCUAUCGGACCCGAGGGCCUCAACGAUGAUGGCAGAACCACCGGCCUGCUCAUCGCCAACGACGCCGACUACAAGCGUGCUCACAUGCUUAUCCACCAGAUGAAGCGCUUGAGUUCCCCGAACCUGAUUGUCACCAACCACGACGCUACCUUGUUCCCCUCGAUCAAGCUGCCCUCCGAGCCCAGCGUCAACGGCAAGCCUGGAAAGGCCCGCUACCUGAAGUUCGACCGUAUCCUGGCCGACGUGCCCUGCACUGGUGAUGGAACUGCCCGGAAGAACUGGGGUGUCUGGAAGGAUUGGAACGCGAACAAUGCUCUUGGACUGCACGCCACCCAGGUCCGCAUUCUCGUCCGUGCUCUGCAGAUGCUGAAGGUCGGCGGUCGGGUCGUCUACUCCACUUGCAGUAUGAACCCGAUCGAGAACGAGGCCGUCAUUGCCAGUGCGCUCAGCCGCUGUGGCUCUGCCAACGUUCGCAUCGUGGAUUGCAGCAAGGAGCUUCCUGAGCUGAAGCGCGCCCCUGGACUUCGCAACUGGAAGGUCAUGGACCGCGAAGGCCGUUUCUACGAUAGCUGGAAGGAGGUUGAAGAGCGCAAGGAGAAGGAAGGCAUCAGCGGUCUGGGCAGAAUCGCUGAAGGCAUGUUCCCACCUACCGAGGACCUGCCUCUUGAGAGAUGUCUGCGCAUCUACCCCCACAUGCAGGACACCGGUGGCUUCUUCAUCGUCGUCCUGGAGAAGCUGUCUGAGAUCCGUGCCAAGCCCGAGGACUCCUCCAAGGUCAUCCCUAAGGCCUCUGUCGCUGCCCUUGCUGAGGAGCUUGAUUUCAAGCAGAAGCAAGGGAACGGACAGCCCCUGGAGAAGAUUGAUGCGUUGGAUGACCUCGUCGCCCACGACAAGGAGGCUGACCUGGAGGCCCAGAAGAACGCGACCGUUGCUGAGGCUACACAUCAGUUGCCUUACUCGGCUACCAGCGAGCCUGUUCCUGUCAAGCGUGAUGCGGAAAGCAUUGAGGAUGAGCUCCCCGCUAAGCGGACUAAGCUUGAGAAUGGCGCUGAGGUUAUUAUCGGCGACCGUCCUAUUCACACUCCUGCACAGCCUGCCGUCACUGACAUUGAGACUUCUGAUGCUACUCCGGCUCCUGCUGAAACCACACAAGCCUCGACCCAGUCGAAGCCUCAGCUCCCGCAGAAGCGCAAGAACGGCCAGCCGGUGGAGGAACCAUUCAAGUACUUAGAUCCUAACCACGCCGAGCUUGACCCCAUCUACGAAUUCUACCAGAUUUCCAAGCGCUUCCCCCGAGACCGUUUCAUGGUCCGCAAUGCCGAAGCUCUCCCCACGAGAACCAUUUACUACACUAGCGCCCUGGCUCGCGACAUCCUUUCCUCAAAUGAGGGAGCCGGUAUGAAGUUCGUGCACUGCGGUGUCAAGAUGUUUGUCAAGCAGGAUGUGCAGCGUGAAGGUGUCUGUCGCUGGCGUGUACAGACUGAUGGCUUGAGAAUGCUCGAGCCUUGGCUUGGCCCUGCUCGGGCCGUCACCCUGACCCAGAAGGAGACCCUACGUAGCCUCCUCGUGGAGAUGUUCCCCAAGGUUGACCAGGACGGUUGGAAGAACCUUGGAGAGAUUGGCGAGCGUGUCAGAGACAUUCCCAUGGGAUGCAGCAUCCUAUACAUCAGACCUACUCCGGGCCAAGAAGGAUUCACUGAGAACAUGGCCCUCCCCCUUUGGCGUUCCAUGUACUCUGUCAACCUGAUGCUUCCCAAAGAGGACCGCCGCGCGAUGCUCCAGCGUCUGUUCAACGACCACACCCCGCUGGUUAACACCACACACAAGCGCUCUGGCGAGACCGGAUCUUCGACCCCUGCGGUUGAGGAGGCUAGCGGAGAAGAGACCCCUGUUGACGCUCCUAUGGAGACGGAAGAAGACCUUGAGAAACGUGAGAACCUUGUGUUGGGUGAGGCCGAGCAGGAACAGAUGGACGCUCGGGAGACUUAUACAAAGGAUGGCGACGAGGAGGAUCGCUUCAACACGACUGUAUAAUUUAAAAAAUCGAUUUAGGCAACAUUUACUGGGCGUCGCUUAGCUCUCUGAAAAUAAUUGAUUAU